GCGAGUAUGGAGCUCCAAAGUCGUGGCUUUACCAGACGUGGAUCUACGUCGGACUGAUGGCGAUCGUUAAGCUCAUAACGACUCUUUUCAUUCAGCUCGACAUCUGGGACAACGUGAAAAACUUUGUCCUCUCACCGUUCAAGGAUCCCCGAAUCGAACUGGCCGUGGUGAUGCUGGUGAUUCCUUUCUUCGUUAAUAUUCUCAUCUUUUGGGUUACCGACAAUUUCCUAAUGAGGCACACACGAAAAAAGCGCAAUACAGGAGAUGAAGAAAUUUUAAGUUUUAAGGCGUCCACCAGCGCCACGACGUCGUCAUCGCUAAUGCAGGGGUCCGCAAGCUGUUCCCAGACGGCGCUGGUCGUGGACGAUACGGCAAUCAUUCUCACCUCAUCGGCGGCAUCACCUAGCAGUAAGCAAACCACUGUCCAACAGCGAACUAGUGUGAUCAAUGUUUAACGAAGGUUUUUUUCUUUGUUUGUUUUUGUUUGCUUAUUUGCAACCAAUUUUACCUAUAUAUCAUAGCAGUGUAAGUCAUGUAUAGUCUGAGCAACGAGCAUCAUCCCCCAGUGCACAGUGGGCAAAAAUGAAGCCCAGAAACGUAUUUUUUUAAAAACCGCUGUUUUAGAUUGGUAUAUAACAAUUGUAUUCCAAAAUAAAAAGAGGAAUUUAAUGGAAAUGACCUAUUAUACGGAAUCAGUAUAAAAUUCUUAAGACUUCUGAGGACCUUUCGGAACUUCGGUUAUAAAUGUAUAUAAAAAUUACAAUCAUGGGAUAUCUAUAUUCACUGCACACUGUUCAAACAAGCAUCUCUCCACCUUUUUCCGUUGUGGCAGACUUUCAAAUGAAGGUUUUAAGCUUAAAAGGUCAUUCAAAUGUUUUUUUUUUUUUCUAAAAUAAUCAUAAAUUUCUUUUAGCAUUUUAUUGUUCUUAUUCUCAGCAAAAACUUCCCAACGUCCCAAGUCUGCAAAAAUCCCAUUAGGAUUCUCAAAACACUUUGCCAUUCGCAUGAACCGUGUGCCGUGGACAAGGGAUUGUGUCAACAUUUCCUCCUCCUUCACACAUUGACCUGCAAUCGGACAUGACAGGCGCCAUUGUCGACUAAAAAUAGAAAAUCACCAACACAUUGAAGAUGUCUGUUAGUUUCAACUAAUUAUUUCAUUGGUCCCUUGAGUGAGUGUAGCGGGCUACCUACCACGGCUUAUACUGUCCCUUAAUAUUUUGGAAAUGUCUUCGGCUUAGGUUACUUUCUAUUGAAAUAUCCGAUUCCGUAUGAGAAUGGUCUAAAUCAGGGUUGCUCAGCCUUGUCCACAUGUUUUUACAUUCAUGUCCGCAACAUUUUUCUGAUUCUCAAUAUCUUAGCAUAACAAAUUGUGAAAUGGUAAUAUGGCUUCUGAAAAAUGCUUUUUUGAGCCCCAUUUCUGUUCACUGUGCUUCGGGAUGACACGAACCACUUUUUCAUUGUUGAAACAGAGGAAAAUCCAAGGCAAUAGUUUAGCUAUGAUUUUUUUUUUCUUGUUAAAACUGAGAGUAAAACAUGUGAUAUUUGUGUGUCUAUAUCUACAUAUAUAUACAACGUAUUUACAUAUUCAAGGCUACGUAAACAGCAUUCAGGAAGCUUAGAAAUUGGAAUUGAUGGAGAACAAAGGAAAUAAUCCCUCUCUCCACAUAAACCACCACGUUGUUGAACUUAAUUAGAGAGCAUUCAAGAAGGUCUUGAAAGAACAACGAUAGGCGCAGACAGUGAUUGAGUAUCUGUAUCAAAAUACCGCAAGAGAUUGGAAACUGAUGUGAAACUGAGCCCACUUACUUAUAGGAAAGUCCCAUCACAGAGGACAAGAAAGUUGAGAAAAUGUAGACGAAACACGGAUAUUGUAUUUUGUAGGGCAAUGAUAGGCUAAGUCAAUCAAACAAUAAACUAAUGAGCAACCAGCGAGAGAAAGUUGAACUAGGAAGGAUUGGUUUUAUUUUUAUAUAUACACAAACAGACAUCAAACGUUUAUACUAACGGCAGGAGAGAAAAUUGAACGAAUAAAAAUUACCAUUUGAAUUUAAAAAAAAAA